CUUUGUUGUCGACGAGACCAGACGCGCGACGGUGAAAAACAUAUCAACAAGAGUUAUUUAGCACAAAAACUUCUGGCCGCGCUGUGGAACAUGGCGCACACUUUGGCUGGUCAAUAAAUUUAUACGCAAGUGUCGGACGACAAAUCAAAGCACGAGAGCAGAACUCGAUAAACGUGCUGCAGCCGUAAAAACAGCAACAGUCAACAAAUUCGUACACAGAAUAUAAAUUGCAAGUGAAAUUUUUGUCAGAAAAGUAAAAAUAACCGGAAAUCAGUAAAAGUAACAACAACGGCAACGGCAACCAGUCUAUAGCUACCAGCUGCCAACAGCACAAUGUAUCGGCCAAAUUUCUACGAGUCCACUUGCCUGCGCUGCGGCGACACCGUCUAUCAGGUGGACCGUGUGGGGCCACUCAAGGAUUUCACAUUCUUUCAUUCCGGUUGCUUCAAGUGCGUUCACUGCGGCACCAAGUUGACGCUCAAAACAUAUUUCAACAAUCAACACAAGCAGGACGACAAAGAGGUCUAUUGCAGUUCACAUGUACCAAAGAGCGGACCCGGGCAUCUCGAUCAGACGUCUGUGGGCAUACGGCAGGCCUUGAAUGCGCCGCGCACCAACAAAUUUGUGAACGAGCAAAUACGCGGCAUACGCACUGAAGUCGAUGGUGGCCUGGGCUCGCGCCAAUCAACGCCCAAUGGCUAUGGAGGACGUGAGGUGAGCUCGCCAUCCCAAAACGACUCCGAUUACAAAUAUGGACGCUUCGAUGCGAGUGCUUUGCAUAUUGCGCAUGCGCUCAAGCAAACAGAGAUACAAAAGGCCUACAACAAAGCACGCGAGAAGCCAAUUGAUUUCUAUCUGGCUCGCGAGGAGCAGGCGCAUCUGGAGAUGAAGCAUCGCAAGGAGGAGGACGAUUUGUAUCGCAAGUUUGCGCGCAAGCGCGAGGAGGAAGAUCGCAAGAUACAAAACGAAUUCCAGGACGAAUGGGAGCGUGAGCUGCAGCGACUGACGCACAAGUUUGAGAAGGAGCUGGCCACAUCGCGUCGCAGUCGCGACGAGGCCAACAUGCUGACGCUGCGCCAUGAGCAACAGAAGGAGGAUCUGGAGAAGAACAUGACGCUGCGGCGCAGCAAGAAGAAGGAAAGCAUUACACGCAAAAUGCUGGAGCAUGAGCGCUAUGAAACGGCCGCGCUGGUGGAUCGUCAGUCUAGCGAAAUGUUGGAGCUCAUUAGCGCCAGACGCUCGGAGUAUAUGCAAAGCGAGAGCAUCUUUCUGGACGAUGAGUUCAGCGAGGGCGCUGUGCCCAUUGAGUAUCCAUUGAAUGCGCCUGUGCCGGCGCCGCCAGCAGUUAGCAAAUUUCAAAUCUAUACCGAUCCCAUUGAGUUUGAGGAUGUGGAUCGCAUUGCCAUUUCAGUGGCGCAGGAGGAUCAGAAAACGUUUACAGAUCUGGUGCGUCAGCUGGUGGGACGCUGCACCACCGACAUAGAGAAGGCGCGCACCAUUUUCCGCUGGAUUACGGUGAAGAAUUUGAAUGCCAUGCACUUUGAUGACGAUUUGCGCGGUGAUACGCCCAUGGGACUGCUGCGUGGCAUUAAAUACGGCACGGAGAGCUACCAUGUGCUGUUCAAGCGUCUCUGCAGCUACGCGGGUCUGCACUGUGUGGUCAUCAAGGGCUACUCCAAGAGCGCGGGAUAUCAGCCGGGCGUAAAGUUUCAGGACUCGCGCUUUCGCAACAGCUGGAAUGCAGUCUAUGUGGCGGGCGCUUGGCGCUUUGUGCAAUGCAACUGGGGCGCACGUCAUUUGGUUAAUGCCAAGGAGGCGCCCAAACAAGGACGCGGCAAGAACGACAGUCUGCGCUAUGAAUACGAUGAUCAUUACUUUCUUACGGAUCCGCGUGAGUUCAUCUAUGAGUUCUAUCCGCUGCAGGAGGAGUGGCAGCUGCUAAAGCGUCCCAUUACACUGCGCGAAUUUGAGAAUUUGCCUUUUGUGCGUUCGCUCUUCUUUCGCUAUGGACUGCACUUUGCUGAUGAGGGCUAUGGCGCGGUGGUGUUUACCGAUGACACUGGCGCCGCCACUGUGCGCAUUGCCAUGCCCACGGAUAUGCAAAGCUGCCUGAUAUUCCACUAUAACCUCAAGUUCUACGACAGCGACGAGGAGCUGUCCUACGAUGGUGUUUCACUCAAACGCUUUGUCAUGCAAUCGGUAAUUGGCAAUAUUGUGGCGUUUAGAGUGCAUGCGCCCUGCUCUGGCGCCUUCCUGUUGGACAUAUUCGCCAAUGCGGUGACGCCACAGGAAUACCUAACAGGCGAGCCCAUGAAGUUCAAGUCGGUGUGCAAAUUCAAGAUCUGCUGCGAGGAGCUGCAAACGGUGAUGGUGCCGCUGCCGGAUUGCGCCAGCGGCGAAUGGGGACCCACAAAGGCUACACGUUUGUUUGGACUUAUACCCAUAACACAUCAGGAUCCCUUGAUUUUUGCUGGCCGCAGCUUGGACUUGCAAUUUCGCAUGUCGCGACCGCUGACAGAUUUUAUGGCCACGCUGCAUAAGAAUGGCAUUGAGGAGAAGAAGCUGGCCAAGUAUGUCACACAUAGCACAUUGGAUGAUAUUGUUACAUUCAUUAUUAAUUUCCCCGAGGAGGGUCAGUAUGGCCUCGAUAUAUACACGCGAGAGUUGGGCGCGCCGCAGCAUCAUCAGCAUCAUCAUAACAACAAUAACAAUUCAACUUCAUCGUCUGGCGAGAAGCAUUUGCUGACGCACUGCUGUAAAUAUUUAAUCAACUCGUCUAAGCGAAAUUGAUGUUGCAGCUGCAAGCAAUUUGUGUGUGUUGUUCGAGUUUUUGUUGCUGGCUUGCAACAAAAGUCAAAACAAUUUGCAAUAUUAAUAUAAGUCUAGUUUGUAAGCAGUUACUAAACUAUGCAUCAAGUUCUUAGUGCAGGGUGCUAAACAAACAAAAAACAUAAACAUAUGUUAAUCAAGCUCAAUUGGCAGCAAUAAUGGAAUGUAAAUACUCUAGAUUCUAAUCAUUAGCUCUUAA